ACCAACUGCUACUACAUGGGACUGCCUGCAGCGGGCACGAGGCUUAGACAUUAUGGGGACAAUUCAGGUUCUGCCUGGCAUACUGCAGAAGCAUUGCUGUAUUUUACCUGACCGGAACACAGAGUCACAGUGUACACUCUGUGGGGAGCCUGAAGAAGACGAGGGUGGCGAUCUGCUCAAGUCGAGCUUCAGUUUUCCAGGGACGCCAGAGGAGGAGAUAGACCAGCAGUACUCAUGGUCGCCUUCUCACCACUUCAAUGAAGAAAGAUAUUCUCCUGCUUCGAGGAAUAUGAAAGGAUUAUCUGGCAGUCGCAACCAACCACAGUUAUGUUCAGCUCAUACUUGUGGCUUAGCAUCCCCUGAAGAUUGUGAACACACCCACGACCAUAUUCACCAUGGGCAGGAACCAAGGCAAUCGUAUCUUCUCAGCCCCACGGAGAGUUGCCCGAUGGACCACCAUCGUUGCUCGCCACGCAGCUCCAUUCAUUCUGAAUGCAUGAUGAUGCCCAUGGUAAUGGGCGAUCACAUGUCAAGUAGCACUUUCCCCAGAAUGCACUACAGCUCACAUUACGACACAAGAGACGACUGCGCCAUGUCUCACGGUAACCCUAAGAUUAACCGCAUUCCUGCAAACCUUUUGGACCAGUUUGAAAAACAACUUCCUCUUCACCGGGAUGGGUUUCACACUUUACAGUACCAGAGGACCUCAACAGCUGCAGAACAACGCAGUGAGAGCCCAGGAAGAAUACGCCAUCUCGUUCAUUCAGUCCAGAAACUUUUUACUAAAUCUCAUUCUCUGGAAGGAUCAUCCAAGGGCAAUGUCAAUGGAACAAAGGGAGACAGUCGAGGGGACGAUCAUCAUCAUGGGCACCAUUCCAAGCAUAGCAAAAGGAGUAAAAGUAAGGAGCGAAAACCAGAAACCAAGCAUAAAUCUGGAAUGAGCAGUUGGUGGAGCUCUGAUGACAAUUUGGACAGUGAUAGCACUUAUCGAACCCCUAGUGUGGUAAAUAGGCACCAUGCAGAUCAUAUAUCCCAUUGCUACCCUGAGGCGCUCCAGGGACAUUUUGGGGAUCUGUCAUUGAAGACUUCCAAAAGUAACAAUGACGUGAAAUGUUCAGCUUGUGAAGGGCUAGCAAUGACCCCUGAUAGUAAAUAUAUGAAAAGGAGUUCUUGGUCCACACUAACAGUAAGUCAGGCUAAAGAAGCUUAUCGCAAAUCAUCACUGAACUUAGAUAAGCCUCUGGUUCAUCAGGAAAUCAAACCUUCCUUGAGGCCAUGCCAUUACCUUCAGGUACCUCAGGAUGAAUGGGGAGGAUACCCUGCCGGUGGGAAAGAUGAAGAGAUUCCUUGCAGAAGAAUGAGAAGCGGGAGCUAUAUUAAGGCUAUGGGAGAUGAAGAAAGUGGAGACUCUGACACUAGCCCCAAGACAUCACCAAAAUUAGCAGUUCGACCAGAGUCAUUAUUAAAAUCCAUUGGACAAAGACCACUGGGAGAUCAUCAAAAUCAGAGCUACCUUCAAACUGCAAGUGACGUGCCUGGGGGUCACAACCUGGAUCCCUCUGCAAACUACAAUUCCCCAAAGUUUCGCUCAAGGAAUCAGAGCUAUAUGAGAGCAGUGAGCACGCUCAGUCAGGCCAGCUGUGUUAGUCAGAUGAGUGAAGCAGAGGUUAAUGGGCAAUUUGAAUCGGUGUGUGAAUCAGUGUUUAGUGAAGUUGAAGCUCAGGCAAUGGAUGCCCUUGACCUCCCUGGAUGUUUCCGAACAAGAAGCCACAGUUACUUGCGUGCCAUUCAGGCAGGCUAUUCCCAAGAUGAUGAAUGUAUACCUGCGAUGGCAUCUUCCAACAUCACCUCAACUAUCAGGUCAACCACAGCUGUAACUUACACAAGUUACAAAAAAACCCCACCACCGGUACCCCCACGUACCACAUCCAAGCCACUGAUCUCAGUGACGGCCCAGAGCAGCACAGAGUCCACCCAGGAUGCAUACCAUGACAGCCGGGCCCAGCGGAUGUCCCCGUGGCCCCAGGAUGGGCGAGGGAUGUACAACUCCACAGACAGCUUGGACAGCAACAAGGCCAUGAACCUCGCCUUGGAGACUGCAGCUGCCCAGCGCCACAUGUCGGAGAGUGCCUCCAUCCGAACCAGCGACAAGGCCAUCCUGGUGACUAAGGCAGAGGAGUUCCUCAAGAGCCGGCGUUCCUCCAUAGGGAUUCAGGUGGAAACAGCAACCGAUUCAGAUACUGAGAGCAGAGGCCUGCGGGAAUACCACUCAGUUGGAAUACAAGUGGAAGAUGAAAAACGACAUGGACGAUUUAAGCGCUCAAACAGUGUGACAGCAGCUGUCCAGGCUGACCUGGAGCUGGAGGGCUUCCCAGGACACAUCACCAUGGAGGACAAGGGACUUCAGUUUGGCUCAUCCUUCCAGCAGCACUCGGAGCCCAGCACCCCCACCCAAUACAGCGCAGUGAGAACUGUACGGACGCAGGGACUGUUCAGUUACAGAGAAGAUUACAGGACCCCAGUUGACACGUCAAACCUUCCACCACCAGAGCCCUGGCUGGAGCCAGCCAUUGAGACAGUAGAGACUGGUCGGAUGUCUCCUUGUCGACGGGACGGUUCUUGGUUCAUGAAGUUGCUACAUACUGAAACUAAGAGAAUGGAGGGAUGGUGUAAGGAAAUGGAAAGAGAGGCAGAAGAAAACGAUCUUUCUGAGGAAAUCCUAGGCAAGAUCCGAAGUGCUGUUGGAAGUGCUCAGCUCCUCAUGUCUCAGAAAUUCCAGCAGUUUUAUUGGCUCUGUCAGCAAAAUCUGGACCCGAGUGCCAUGCCAAGACCAACUUCCCAGGACCUGGCAGGUUUCUGGGACUUAUUGCAGCUCUCAAUUGAAGAUGUCAGCAUGAAGUUUGAUGAACUGCACCAGUUGAAACUCAAUGAAUGGAAAAUAAUAGAAUCACCUGAAAGGAAGGAAGAAAGAAAGGUUCCUCCUCCUGUACCAAAGAAGCCCCCAAAAGGAAAAUUCCCCAUCACAAGAGAAAAAUCUCUGGACCUACCUGACAGGCAGCGACAAGAAGCCAGAAGGCGGCUCAUGGCUGCUAAGAGGGCGGCCUCUUUCCGGCAGAAUUCAGCCACAGAGCGUGCAGACAGCAUCGAGAUAUACAUCCCAGAGGCUCAAACCCGGCUUUAAAGACAGAAUGCUGCAGAGUUCCUUUUUUAGACAAAAUGCUUGUACAGUUUGUCACUUACCUGGUAAUUUUUGUCUCAUUCUCUCCAUAAAUAUGCCCUUGCUGUUGUGUUCUUUGUGCCAUAAGCACAGUGGAAUGCUUUUGAUUUCCUCAGAAUUUGCUGAGCUCACCGCAAGAACGACUUCUUUUGUAUUUAUUGUCUGACUUACAAUCAGCUACAAUGGAUAGGGCUUGUUGAGACCUGACUUAUCCAGUAUAUUCUCAGAGGACAACAAGAAACACCUCUUGAGAUGGAACCCAGCUUACUUUUUUGUUAUUUAUAUUUUUAUAAAAUGUGUGAUAAUUAGGGAUAAGAAUAACAAACUAUCAAUGGGUGCAUCUCACCAUUCACUAGAGGCAUUAGCUAAUCCAAGUAGAAGGUGCUACAAACGUAAAGAGCAGGAAAGAAAGAACCCAUUUAUCUCUCUGACCUCCAGUUUCUUUUCCCAGAACCCAGCUAAAAUAUUUACCCAUGUGCUCUGCCACUCUUCUCAUCUUUGUUACCGCAGAAUAAUAUUAGGCCUCUCAUGUCAUAUCACGUUUCUGGAGAUGAACAGGGAUAUCCAGCCACUAAAACUCCAAAGUUCAUCAGAAACCAAGAAGCAUACAAGUCUGGUGGUGUUGGGAAUGCCCACUGAGAAACGUUUGCUGUUAGCAGUAUAUCGACACUCUGAAACCUAAGCAAAAUUAUAAUGCAAGAGGACUUGAGUGAUGGGUGAAAGGAAAAUGGAAGCCUUAAAAAGUUAGAUCUUCUGUAGCAAGAUGUGUAAAGAAAAAGUUAUACUUACUCCUUUGGAACACUCAUCGCAUUUUUAACAGUUCUUUUAUGUGUUAAUGUUCGUUUCAUGAUCCUCCCUUUUAUUUCAAGAGCUGCGCUACGUGUAAUACUUCAAACUCUCAAAAUGUUCUAUCAAUUGAGUUUCCAGGGUAUCCUUGAGAAAAAAAAAAAAAAUCUUGCUUGUUUAAAAUGCCAGUUGUGAUGUUGUAAACAGUUUAAGAAAUAUGAAUGUGAGUGGUGAGUAAAUCUAAGUUUAAAUGGUUAUGUUAAGGUAAAGGUGAACUGUGGUUUACAGUUGUAUUUUUUUUAGAACUAUUUUUCUAUGCAGUAUCAGUUACAGCAAGAAAAAGCUUCUUGCUUGCUUCACAUGUAACAAACAUGAUUCAAGAGAUAAUUGAUUUCCAGCCGUGGAAUAUAAGGAAAAUAAUGUAUUUUCAAGCCUCUCACUAUUACGAGAGAGGUGGUGACUACCACAAUCCAGAGGCUUUGGUUUAAAAUAAACUAAGAUAGAAAUGUUCCACUUCACCUACCUUCCAGAGCCACCCGAGCAGCCCAGCACUUAGAAGUCUUCAGGUGAAGACGCAAUAAGAUAUGUAACCCAGAGACUCCGACUGCAAGGUUUGAAAGCUCCUCUGUACUACUUUAGGUCAAAACAGCGUUAACACACCGAGACAGACAGCCGCAUCUACAUUUCCUGUUUACCUGCUUUAACAAAUGCAAUGUAUUUAAUGUAUUUAGCCAUAGGCAGAACAGCUAUUAAAUUAUACUCUAGCACUUUGGUUCUUCACCUGAUGAGCACUUUAAAUCCACGUCCCACACACCCUGCAGCCUGACAGAUGACUGAAAACGUGAAUUAUCAUAGGUUAUGCAGAUCUGACAUUGCUUCUAAUCUGUUUUGCUUUGGUUCUAUUUAUUUCUUUUCCUUUUCCUUCAUUGUUUUCCUACAGUGUGUAGUAUGAAGCAUGAGUUCUGUCUUUGGAGCACACCUGAUAAAGCGUGUUGAGCUUCAAGAUGGGAAUCUUUAGAGAUGAGGUUUUGAGAUGUUUCUGUGAGGAGAAAGCCCUGUAAAUCGAGCCUGAUAUCUGGUAUAUACUUUACCAAAUAGCCUUAAACUAUGUUUGGAAGCAAAAACCAAGACGAAUGUAUAUCCCUCAAAAAUGAAAAAAAAAGAAAAAAAAAAAAAAGAAAAAAAUCCCUGAAAUAUUCUUCUAUAGAUAAAAGCAUUGUCUUUCCCAUCCUUCAUGUUUUCAAGGCAUUUUCUAUUAAGGAAAGAGCUGAAUUCUGGGUAGGGUACAAUAUUGAUGCUAAUUCCUAUAUUUGUUUCACUAUUUUAAACACAAAUGUACUUGCAGACAUUGGCAUCUUUAGUGUUGAAAACUAAUAUGUUAUUUAAUGUGGAGCUGCUGAUUAGAAGUAUCCACAGAAAACUAGAGCCUUUCCUAGAUUAAGGAAAUUUGAAAUAGGCAUACACACACACACAUAUCUGUAUCUAUAGCUGCUGUAUACAUAUAUGGCAGCGGAUAACGUUUUCUCUGAUUUCCCUUUUGCUUCACACAUGACUUGCUUGAAAACCCCCACCUGCAGGGACAGGUCAUGCUGUGCUAUUAAGACAAGUUAAAUCUGAUCCUGCUGGUAACUAGACCUUAUGGAGACAUAUGGUGAAAAAAAACCACAAAGAUUAUAGAUUUAUUUAGAUCCCAGUUGACUUAAUAAUGCUGACUUGGAGCAGUCCAUAUAAGUUUUUAAUUGAGAAUCAUAUUUUGGUGAUUUUUAUAUGUUACCAUGAUAUUGGAUGUUCUCAGGCAAAAAUAGGCCUGCAGAAAUGAUGCCAACCCUGUAUUCUACCAUAUUUCCCAUGCCAUUACUUAUAUGUUCAAUAUAAGUUUUGGAUAUGUGUGAUUUCUUUUUGUUCCACCUUUGUUCUAAAAAAGAAGAAAGAAAAAAAAAGGAAUCAAAAUUAAAUUAGAUGCAAAUUAGAUGCUUACUGAAAGAUUUGAUAAUAUGUUAUCUGUGCAUGUUAUAUUUCAAAGUGCAAUAUAUUAAAUUCUUCUACAGGUAACAUUCUAUCAUUACAGGCAGAUAAGCCAUUUCUAUCUACAUAUUGUACAUCCGGUUCAUUUAGAAAAAUAACAUUAUGCUUAUCAUACUUGUGUUGCAGAUAAAUCAAAUUGCCUUGGUCCCCAAUGUGAGAAACACAGCACAUGGUACCUUAACAUGAUCUUAACAGAUCAACUGUGAUCUGACUCCCUAGCAUCAAAAUAAGAUUCAGUUACAAAACCAGCAUAGGAGGAACAUAACUAAACACUAACAGAGAAAGUAGAAUGCUUUCUGCUAGUGGACAUCAUGGAGUGCAUACACACAGAACAGCUGGAAAUAGCAUUUAAUUGAACACUAAUUGGACUAAUACUUAUUUUCACUGAUUAAAAUUAUAGAAAGUCUCCAUUCAUUUCUUCAUUGCCUGUAAAACACAAGUAUAAUAAACAGAAUUGUGAAGAUUUAAAUAAAGAAAAACCUGACUGGUGAAAUUGUUGGUAUCUGCCAUACUUAUUUUGCUUUGUACAUUUUUUUUCAGAUUUGAAAUUCUUUGUAAAUUGGUGAAGUAUAUUAUGGAGUGUUUUAUUAUUUCUUGUUGACCUGAUUGGAAUGGCCUUUGGCAGUGUGCAAAGACUAAUCAUGUUGUAUAGUUUAAUACCAAAAAAUUACAUUUUAAUUUAUGCUUAUACCUUGUCACUAUGUUAGACUUGAGAUAACCAGGAAGGAAUUAAAGCGU